GUUAGCGCAUGCGAAAGAAUCCGCCGCCAUCUUUGCGUUUCAAUGGGCAAUGGAUGCGGGAGGACAGGGUAAUUUGGACCACCAAGCAGCUUUUGCAGACGCCGUUGCCCGAGCAAAACAGAUUGCAGCUAAGAUUAAUCAACCAGGGGCUGGCGGUGGUGACGGUGCCCAGCAUUUGAAAAGACCAUUUGAAAGUGACGGAAAUUCAUACGCUAUUGGGGCACAGCUGAAAGCUCUCCAAGAACAACAAAGCAGAAGCGAGGCAGCUCAAGCAGCCCAGGCAGCAGCAGCUAGAAUUAAUCAACAGUUGGGUGUCGGUCCCCCUUCGUCAGCCCCACCCCCAGCAGCUCCUAAACCCAGCUCACACGCAGGACUAGGCAUGGUGGUCACAGAAGAAUAUGCCAUCCCUGACAAGAUGGUUGGACUGAUUAUUGGUAAAGGGGGUGAACAAAUAACCCGGCUACAGGCAGAGACUGGUUGUAAAAUUCAGAUUGCUCCAGAUGGAAGUGGAAUGACUGAUAGGCAGUGCACUUUGACUGGAUCCUCUGGAUCUAUUGCUGCUUGUAAGCAACAAAUCCAAGAUAUCAUCAUGAGAGCCGGUCAGACUGCUGGACCAAUGAUGGGCGGUAUGGACAUGAUGGGCAGUAAUGGAGGAGGAAUGGGUGGUGGUAUGGGUGGACAGACAGUUGUAGAAAUGAUGGUACCAGGCAACAAAGUUGGACUUGUCAUUGGAAAGGGUGGUGAAACCAUCAAGCAGUUACAGGAAAGAGCUGGAGUAAAGAUGGUAAUGAUUCAAGAUAGCAACAUCCCAUCAGCUGCUGAAAAACCUCUGAGGAUCUCGGGUGAUCCCCAAAAAUGUCAGAGGGCCAAAGAAAUGGUAUUAGACCUACUGGCUGAGAAGGAAAUGGAAAACAUGAGCAAAGGAUUCAAUGACUAUGGUUCAUUCAGUGGUGGAGGUGGUCCCCCGAUGGAGAUUCCAGUGCCAAGAACUGCAGUGGGAAUUGUUAUUGGUAAAAACGGAGACAUGAUUAAAAAGAUCCAACAAGAGAGUGGUGCCAAGGUUCAGUUUAAAGCUGACGAUGGAAGCAGUCCAGAAAGAGUGUGUGCCAUUACAGGAGCACCAGACAAGGUCCAAACUGCUGCCUCCAUGAUUCAGGAUCUUCUGAAUGAUUACAAUCAGAGAGAAGGAGGAAUGGGUCGUGGAUUUGGUGGAGGUAGGGGACGAGGUGGUCCUGGUAGAGGAAGGGGUGGAUUUGGAGGGGGUCCUGGCAGGGGCAUGGGUCGAGGAGAUGGAUUUGGGGGAGGAUAUCAGGAUGAAACCCAGUUUGCUGUACCCGCAGACAAGUGUGGCUUGGUUAUUGGAAAAGGUGGUGAAACCAUCCGUCAGAUAAACCAACAGUCUGGGGCACAUGUAGAGUUGCAGAAACAUCCUGGGCCCAACCCAAAUGAGAAAUUGUUUAACAUCAGAGGAACCCCUGAUCAGAUUCAGCAUGCUAUUCAGAUGAUCAGUGAGAAGGCUGGAAUACCUUAUGGUGGUCCUGGUGGGCCUGGAAUGGGAGGUCCUGGUGGGCCUGGUCCUCAUGGAGGACCGGUUCCUGGUGGUCCUGGAUAUGGAGACCAGUAUGGAGGACAGUUUGGAGCACCUGGUCAACAGCAAGGUGGGGGACAGUAUGGAAAUGGUCCCCAGGGGGGCUGGGGAGGUUACAGUCAACAGCAAGGAUACCCCACUCAACAAUCUGGGGACCCUAGUCAAGGUGGCUCAGACAAUAAGCAAGCCCAGGACAAUGCAGCAGCAUGGGCAGCAUACUAUGCCCAGUAUUAUGCUCAGUAUGGAGGAUAUGGAGGGCAGUAUGGCCAGCAGCAGGGACAGCAGCAACCCCAGCAACCUGCUCAGCAGUCUCAGGCUCCUCAGCAGCAGCCACCAACAUCAGGGCAGAAUUAUGCUGAGCCAGCUAUUAACCCUUCAACUGGUCAGGCAGAUUACAGCGCGGCAUGGGCCGAGUACUACAGACAACAAGGAAUGCACUACCAGGCCAACAUGAUCCUUCAGCAGGCUGCAGCCGGACAGUCAGGGGGGGCCCCACAGGGACAGCAGCCCCAGUAAAAUAAUGGCCAGGACUCGGGAGACUUUUGUGAUUUGGAUUCAAGAAUAUAUGUCGUACUUCAUAAUUCAGUGAGGAUAUCAUUUUGUAUAUACCAUGUUGCACAAAUCGGCACUUCUACUACCCAUCCCUAUUUCUCUCUUUAUUUCAUUGUAUUAUUAAUUUAGGUAACUCCAGUAUUUUAACUGUAUUCUCAAUUUGACUUGCCAAGGCAUUGGGCCAAAAUUUGAAUUCUUCAACAGCGAGUUAUAUAAUGUUCAUAAUACAUGUGUCUUGAUGUCUAAAUCAAUGAGAAAGUUGCAAUGUUAGGUUUUUAAUACUUGUAGUUCUUGUAAUACAUUCCAUUAUUUUUAUUUUUUUUUCUUAUAAUUGUAAAAUAUUUUGUUUGAAAUUGAAGCAUUAUGAUAAAAUAUUUGCAUGAUUAUGCCAUUGGAUUGAUAUGAUGAAAACAAUGUUAUUUGAAUACUAUGAUGUUUAUUAAUGUCAGUAUGUGCUGCAAUCAAAAAUAUUUUUUAACUGAUAUGCUGAGCGGAAGACAACAUUCACUUGUUGGGAUAUCUGCGGGAGAUGCGAGCAAGAUGUUCUAUAGGCAGCAAGAGCCGCUCAGAGGCCCUAGGAUUUUGCUUUUAUAUCAUGAUGUUGACUGUCUUAUUGAAAUGUUUUAACAUGUGUAUUAAACAAAGAAAAGAAAUUUUGAUUAUUGAAUAUGUCUUAGUAAAUAUUUUAGUGCCACAUAUAUGAUGAGGACAUUGUAAAGUUGUUCAUUUCAUUUGUAUAAUGAGUCUUCAAGUCUUAACCCAGUGAUGAAACUUAUUAUUUUAUAUGAAAAUGUCAUUGUUUUUUUGCUCGCAAUUUUGUAUGUAUCCCCAUGUCUUUGCAAUUCAGGACUUUUAAUAAUGUAUAGUAAAAAGUAUAUUUAAAUGUUAUCAAAAUUUUGAUGUAAUAUGAUACCAUAGUUAUAACAUGCAUUGACCUCAUGUAUUAUUGAAUAUGUUCUAUGUGAUACUCUUGUGCUAUAAGGACUUUUGAUAAAUAUUGCCCAUGUUGAUUGAUAACAAUAAUAAUGUAAUGCUAUGAAAAUAUGUUUUUGAACUUAUUGCCCAGUAUGUCAUGCCUUAAAUUCCUUCAUAGAGUAGUAGAAUUGGUGCAUUUGUUAUACAUGCUGUUUUUUAUAUUGUCCAUACAAUCACUUGUGUCACCACAGCGUUCUCUUGUUGUAUUACCAUGCUAUACUAGCUUUGUUGUCAAUGGAAACUUACAUCCUAAUAUUUGUGUCAUAUGCCGAACACAUUUAUUAAAUGUGUGUAUUUUGUAUAAAUCACCUAAAGGUAGUAAUUUGUAAAUAUUAGCUUGAUUUUGUUUAUUAUAGCACAUGUAUAAAGGGUUCAUAAUUGAAGAUAUGUUAUCAUCUUAUUACAGCCAUUGUCCAGAUCUUGAUUUUAAUGCUACAUAAAUGUUUGUCCUUUAAUUAUACCUCUAACCAUGUGUUUAUUAUUCAUAGAUAAUGAUUGCUAUAAUAUAAGGAGUUUGAAAUUCAUUGUUAUGAAACAUUUUUAACAUGAUUUAUUGUUGUAUUACAAUGCAUAAAAAGUUUUUUUUCACAAAUAUGUUCACAUAAUAAUAAAUUGUUGGUUUAUUUUUUAAUUGCAAUGAUAUGACUAUUUUAGAAUUGUAAUUUUGACUCUCUAUUCACCCUGUGGUACUUUUUUUUAGGAUUUUGUUGAACUUUGGUGUCUUGUUUAAUAUACUGUUUUUUGUGUCAGAUUAUAUCUUGUACUUGUGCUGUGACUUAGAACCCUGUAAGGGAAUUAUCCAUGUGUCCCCUGGCCAUAGAAGGAUCUCUACGGCAAGGUAAGGUCCAAUAAAAGGUGUUUUAAAAUCAAA